CUGUUGUGACCAGCAGGUGUCGACAAUGUUCGGUGUUUUGCGCGCUUUUUUCUCCCAUCACUAAGCUUAUUAGCUUAAUUCUGUUAUUAAAUAAUUAAAUAAUUUAUCAAAAUAAUAAUGAAUAAAUUAAAAAUAAUUUAAUUCAAGGUUUUCCUCUGGAGGAGGUACAGCUGUAGAAAUAGGUUGCGGCAGUGUAAUUCACACAACUCACCACAGGAGGGCGAUUAAACUUGAAUUCUCGAAGUAUAUUACAUAUGUAAAAUAUAUUUUUCCAGUUGUUUACUGCUUCACAUGGUAACGAACAAUUUAUUAAAUAUUACAUCAAUAAUUUAAUUAUUUAAUUCAGAUAAUUUAAUUCAAGGUUUUCCUCUGACUGCAGUUACAGCUGUAGAAAUAGGUUACAGCAGUGUAAUUCACACAAUUCACCACAGGAGGGCGUUUACAUUCGAAAUUUAAACGUAUAUUACAGAUGUAAAAUUACAUUUCUACUAAAAAAAUAAAGGGGGUAAAAUGUUUCAUAUGGUACCAAACAGAAUAGAAAUCAUAAGUAAAUGGUAGAAAUAAUUAACAGCCGUGUAAUUCACAGAAUUUACCACAGGAGGGCGUUGAGUCUCAAAUAUUUGUCUAUUACAGAUAUAAGAAUAUAUUUCUACUAAACAAAAACGAACUUUUUCAGAUGUUUUAUUGUCUCACAGUAAUCGAUAAUAAAUCAAUAAUUUAUUAAAUAAUAUGAAAUUAAUGCAAAAUAAUUUAGUGCAAAAAUUGGCUCUGAAUAAGUUGCAGUGGUGUAAUUCGCACAAUUCACCACAGGAGGGCGUUUAAAUUUGAUUUAACCGUAUAUCACAGAUGUAAAAUUAGUUUUCUACUACAAAAUAAAGGGGGUAAAAUGUUUCAUAUGAUAACGAACAAUUUAUUUGAUAUGAAAUCAAUGCAAAAUAAUUUAAUGCAAGAUUUUCCUCUGACUUGAGUUAUAACUAGAAUAGAAAUCUUAGGUAAAUGGUAGAAAUAAUUAACAGCAGUGUUCACAGAAUUCACCACAGGAGGGCGGUUAAUAAUUUCGGUUAAUAAUUUCGGUUAAUACAUUGGAUUUGCCUUUUUAAAUUAUAUUAUUUAUUAAUUUAACAAGUCGGGAGGUAGUAGAACACAACAAUACACAGAGAAUGAUAUUUUCAUGAUUUCUCCUUGGUUUAUACAUCUAACAAUUUAUUUUUUAAAACGACAUGUCCUGACUUGAGUAGCUGCGGAAAUAAUUAACAGCAGUGUAAUUCACAGAAUUCACCACAGGAGGGCGUUCAGAUGUAAGAAUAUAUUUCUACUAAACAAAAACGAACUUUUUCAGAUGAUUUAUUGUCUCACAGGGUAAUCAAUAAUUUAUUAAAUAAUAUGAAAUCAAAAGUAAUUAAAUUAAAAAGUAAAGAAAAGUAUUUUAGUGCAAACUGGCUCUGAAUAAGUUGCAGUGGUGUAAUUCACACAAUUCACCACAGGAGGGCGAUUAAACUUCGAAAUGUAAACGUAUAUUACAGGUGUAAAAAUACAUUUAUACUACUAAGUAAAAGGGUAAUAUGUUUCAUUAGGUAACGAAUAAAUUAUUUAAUAUGUAAUCAAUGCAAAGUACUUUAAUGCAAGGUUUUCCUCUGACUUGAGUUAUAACUAGAAUAGAAAUCACAGGUAAAUGGUAGAAAUAUUUAACAGCAGUGUAAUUCACAGAAUUCACCACAGGAGGGCGUUCGGUUAAUACAUUGGACUUACCUUUUUAAAAUAUAUUAUUUAUUUAUUUUAAUACACAGAGAAUGAUAUUUUCAUUAUUUCCCCUUGGUUUAUACAUCUAACAAUUUAUUUCUUCUUAAAACGACAUGUCCUGACCCUGCAGAAAUAAUUAACAGCCGUGUAAUUCACUCGAAUAUUUGUCUAUUACAGAACAAAAGCAAACUUAGAUGUUUUAUUGUCUCACAGGGUAAUCAAUAAUUUAUUAAAUAAUAUGAAAUUUAUGCAAAGUAAUUUAGUGCAAACUGGCUCUGAAUAAGUUGCAGUGGUGUAAUUCACACAAUUCACCACAGGAGGGCGAGUAAUAUAUUGCCAGAUGUUUUACUGCUACACAUGGUAAUUAACAAUUUAUUAAAUAUUAUAUUUAAAUUCAAGGUUUUCCUCUGACUGCAGUAACAGCUGUAGAAAUAAGUUGUCGUUAAAAACAUGUAAAAUGACAGCAGCGUAACUCACACAGUACACCACAAGAUGGCGUCCAGACUUUAAUUGCUAAAAGGUAUAUUACAAAUAAACUGUUCUGAUAAACUUAAAUUUGAUCAUUUUCCGAUGUUUUACUGUUGCCAGAUUUUUUUUUUUUUUUUUUGCUGUUUCAUAUGGUAGUAAAUAAUACAAAAUAAUUCAUGCGUAGUGCGAAAUCACGUGUGGUCGGGUGGUCAGUGUGACGAAAUAUCAAGUAGACAGUCACGGGUUCGAGUCUCAAUUCAACGGUGGAAGAAUACUUAUAUUUUAUUAAUUUGGAAUUAUUAAGAGGACAAUCACAGACCGUGAUACUACAUAUUUAUUGGUUUUAAACUAAUAAAAACCCCAAAAAACUCCGAGGGACCGCUUGAAAGCGUCAGCGGUAUGAGCAAGAGCUCCCUGUCAGGAAAAUCACAUUUCGAAUCCCAAGACAAGAGGUUUUAAAAAUCUUUCUGGAGAAAAAAAAGGUACGUGAAUAUCCACAACACAGCAUCUCUCAUGUACAUGUGCAUGUAUGAGUCAGAAAUGUGAUAUUUGCUCUACAAUACGAAUAGUAGCAGAACCAUAAAAAAUAAACUGCAGUUUUCCAUCCGCUCCACUAGGCGGCAUUAACAGGUUUCACCUGCGGACGCUUGAUGAUGACAGUCGCCACAAACACGUGCAGAUUGUUUUAUUUACAGAUCUUUAAUGUCAUAUUACAGCACAUAAAACCGACACAGAAUAAGUAUGUCACGCGACUCACCUGUAAGUAACUUCUGGCCUCUUCUGUCAAUUCAUUUAGAUUCAUGUAAUGAUGGAAUUAACUCUGUAAACCCUGACAUAUAUUAGUUCAAUUUUUUUUUUUUUUUUUUUUUUUUUUUUUUUUAAAUGGACCAGUUUAUUGAACCUUUAGACCAAAUAUAGAAGAAAAUCUGCAUAUAUGUUUAUGUUUAGUAUCAUAUUUGACACAUUAUGGCUCAUAUAGUAUAAUAUAGUGAGAAUAUGGAGGGAAAAACAGCUCAACUUUGACCCAAACGUAGCAAAAAUAUGCAAUUUAGUGCAAAAUUUUAUAAUAUUUAAAUAUUGUUAAAAAAAAAUAAGAUGAAAUUCUGAUGCUUGUAAUUAAAUCGACGAGAUCUUUAUAACAGUAUACUUAAAAUGUACAUUAAAUAUAUGAAAUGCAUAUAAAAAUCAGCAGAAGGGUGGACUUCAGGAACAACAAAAAAAUGUAAUAAAACUGUAAAAGUGGUCAGAAAAUACAACAUUUGUAUCAUGUAAUAUAUACACACUCUUAAUUACUUCAACUGUUAAAGUAAUAAAGUAGACAUUUAUUAAGCCUUUAAGUACAGUAAAAAAAAAUAUUUAUAUAUAUAUAUAUAUAGCAAAAGCUGUAUGUUUCAGAUAAAUGCUGUUCUUUUGAACUUUUUAUUCAUCAAAUAAUCCUGAAAAAAAAGUACACAACUGUUUUAAACAUUGAUAAUAAUCAUAAAUGUUCCUUGAGCAGCAAAUCAUCAUAUUACAAUGAUUUCUGAAGGAUCAUGUGACACUGAAAUGAUGUUUGAAACGGUUAUUUUAAAUUGUAAAAAUAUAUCACAAUUUUACUAAUUUUACUGUAUUUUGGAUUAAAUAAAUGAAGCCUUGGUGAGCUGAAGAGACUUUUAAAAAAAAAAUAUUAAAAAAUCUUAUGUUCAAAAACUUUUGACUGGUAGUGUAUGGAUGUAUGUUUUACUGCACAAAUAAAUACAAUAAUAAUAAAAUCUCCAUUGUCACAUUUUACAGCAUGAAGAAAAUAUCUCUGCUUAAGUAUUUGAGAUGGAGAAGAUGAAAUUGCAAAAUAAAUUAAUCAAAAUAAUAAACAGUUAUCAGUACUUUUUGAUUUUUAAAACACUGGUUUAAUUUUUAAUUUGGCAUAGUGCAAAAUACAACUUAAUAUUUAUUCAUUGUUUUAUUCAAUUUAUUAUUUUGGUGUAAAAUGAGACCUGGAUAUGAGAUUCACAUUUAUAUAUAACUAUCAUAACAACAAUAAUUGUUAUUUGUAUUAUACAUGAUUUGUACGCUCAAAAUGUUAUUUUAAGGCUCCUGCCACAAGAGGGCGCUACAUUCACAUCUGACUGACCGUACAGAUAUUUACUCCUAUAAAACACAAACGCCUACCUAAAUUUCUCUGCCCAAACCCCGCCUGUCAGUGUUUAUCAAAUAUGAAAGGCUCGGAUAUGUUUUCUUAGAAAAUUAGGAGGAACCCCGAGUGUUCGUCAUUACGAGCGCGCUGUAGGCGGAUUCGCGCGCUUACGCGCUCCCGUAGAACCCGAAGAGCCAGUUCACGCGCGCAGAAUCAACAGAGUCAGAUUUAAAACACAUUCACUCACACCGGACAGACAGAGCUGGAAUGACACUCGGUUUAUUCGUUUAACUUGCUCUGGUCAGCUGUUUCAGGAUGUUUGGGUGCACGUGUAUCAUGUGAAACAGGUCAUUCGGGUUCGUGGAAAUGUUCAGACCAUUUCACACGACCCUUGACCUUUUCUGCUCGACCUUUUCGCAAGACGCUGUGCCCUCGAUGCUGUAAGCAUGGAUGUUCACAUGCACAACAGUCGGACGCAUCACUACGGGCUGAACAAUGGUCCGAACCGCUUCUCUGAAGAUGAUCUGCAGUUCCUCAGUCUUGAGGAAAGGGAGUGUAUUUUGUUCUUUGAGGAGACCAUCGGCUCCCUGGAGGAGGACGAUGAGAGGACGAGAAUGUCCGCGGGCGGCCACAGGCUUGCGGUGGAGCGUCCGGCCUCUCACACACAAACAGCACGACAUCACAGCCCUGUCGAUCAUGACAUCAUUGACCUGGUCCACCCUACACCUGAUCCCAACAAACAUAAAGACACGCUGCCCAUCAUCAGGCCAGAUUUCCAAGAGCUGAUCGCAGCCCCGGAGACCCAUUAUGAGGUGAAGGCGAAACAUGAACCGCCGGCAGUCUCAGACACGCCACCAGAGGAGUUUGGACACCAUCCGCCCUCAAGUUCAGUUCCCACUCCCGCAAUAAGUGCCAAUAAGAUCGCCGAGCAUGAGGACAUCAGUCUGGAGUUACCGCAAAGCCCCUUGGUCAAACACGGCCCUCCUAUCCACGCCAAGCCCACGCGUCUUCCCGACAGCAUCAGCACGUUGCUGGGCAGCCGCGAACACAUUCCCCAUUCAAUCGCCACAGAAGCCAUGAGCGUGCAGGAGCGCCGGGCGCAAAUGCUCGCUAACCUCACCGGCUCAGCACACCCUCUGGAUGGCGGAGAGCCGUCAUGCGUUCGCAAUCUUCCCAUGCGAAGCAUAUCGUUUCGAGAUCCGACGCCGGACAAAUCUAGGAUGGAGGCGCUUUCGAAACUCGGACUUGCUCAGAGGCGAUGCCAAUCCGUCAUGCACACUUCUCCGAGGGACGCCGAAAGUGUUAAAACCACCACAUUAAAAUCUAACUUACCAGCAAAUGCUAGUGCUGACUUGCGCGCUACAGACACUACGGACCACUGCCAAACCAGGCGAUCACAACCCAUCAUGCACACUUCUCCGAAAGACGCCGGAAAUGUUAAAAGCACCACUUUUAAAUCUACCUUACCAGCAAAAGCGAGUGCUGACAUCCGCACUAUGGACACCACGGACCACUGCCAAACCAGGCGAUCGCAACCCAUCAUGCACACUUCUCCGAGGGACGCCGAAAUCGCUAAAACCACCACUUUCAAAUCUACCUUACCAGCAAACGCAAGUGCUGAUGUCCGUGCUACGGACACCACGGAUCACUACCAAACUAAAUCUAGCCCUGCACCAAUUUUGACGAGUGCCGAAAUCACGCAUAGUGAUUUUAACAGCUAUGGCGGUAAAAGCAUAACAUUGAACCCCACACCGUCCUUUAGGGUUGAGUGUGUCCCAACUUCAUUACCCAAAACAGAGGCUUCGAAUGCACAUCUCAACAACUUUGGAGGCAGAUCAAGAGCCAUGACUACACCUGAACCAAUCUACGGAGCCCGAUCCAAAACCUUCUUCCCGGUAAAAGAGGACAACUCAAGUUCGAACAGGACUGUAAACGAAGACUUACCCAAGAGGAAAGGGUCGCACCCUGAAGCACCUGUAAGCAGGUCCAACACUCAGCCGCCCACUCCGGCUCCAAGACCACUGCGUCACCCGAGUCCACUGAGUCCCACCGGGCCACGUUCCCUGUCAAAGCCAAAGCCAUCGCCAUCCUUCCGUACUCAGGGAAUAACAGUCCAGUUUUCUGGGAAAGGAGCCACAGAUGAGGCCAGACGUGAUGCACUACGCAAACUAGGACUGCUGAGGGACACGUCUUAA